ACCCCAGCCUCCAUCUGCGUCCACAGGCCAGGACCAGUGCCGGUGCAGCUGCUGCUGUCCCCAGGAGCCCAGCACCCCCUCCCCGCCCAUCCAUCAGCCAGCGGUCCCCCGCCUGGCCCUGCGUCCCUGUGCCCCUGUGCCCACUUCCCACUUCUCCUGACCCCUCGGCCGCCACCCCAGAAGGCUGGAGCAGGGACGCCGUUGCUCCAGCUGCCUGCUCCCUUCGGGUCCCCGCGUGAGCCCACGCCGGCCUUGGUGCCCACCCGCAGCCCUGCCCCUGGACACCGGAUAAGUCCCAGCGCACAGAAUCCCGGGUGGACAGCAUGGACCGUGGCAUGCUCGCCUUGGCCGCAGCCCUGCUGUUGGCCGUCUGCAGCCUCAGCCCCACAAGUGUUGCAGAAACCAUCCAUUGUGACCUUCAGCCUGUGGACCCCAAGAGGGGCGAGGUGACAUAUACCACCAGCCAGGUCUCUGAGGGCUGUGUGGCUCAGGUCCCCGAUGCUGUCCUCGAAGUCCACGUCCUCUUCCUGAAGUUUCCAAAUCUCCCAUCCCAGGAGUUCUCACAACUGGAGCUGACUCUCCAGGCAUCCAAACACAAUGGCACCUGGCCCCGAGAGGCGCUUCUGGUCCUCAGUGUGAACAAUAAUGUCUUCCUGCAGCUCCACACCCUGGGAAUCCCACUCUACUUGGCCCACAACCCGUUGGUCAUCUUCCAAGAGUCCCCAGGAGUGAACACCACACAGCUACCACCCUUUACUACCAAGAGCCAGAUCCUCGAGUGGGCAGCAACGAAGGGCCCCAUCGCUUCUGCUGCUGAGCUGGACAAUCCCCGCAGCAUCCUCCUCCGUCUGGGCCAAGAUGAGGAAACAGAGGACCGGGGACUUGCCCAGGGUCACUCGGCAGCCCCGAGGUCAUCGUCCUUUUGCAUGCCGAAAGACGGCCAGGACAUGGGCCGCACUCUCGAAUGGCAAAGUGCCCCGGCCUCGGUCCGGGGCUGCCGCUUGGAAGGCGUGGCCGGCCACAAGGAGGCGCACAUCCUCAGGGUCCUGCCGGGCCCCUCCGCCGGCAAGCCCCAGACCGUCACGGUGAAGGUGGAACUGAGCUGCGAGUCUGGGCAUCUCGACGCCGUCCUCAUCCUUCAGGGUCCACCCUACGUGUCCUGGCUCAUCGAUGCCAAUCACACCAUGCAGAUCUGGACCACUGGAGAAUAUUCCUUCAAGAUCUUUCCAGAAAAGAGCAUGCUUGGCUUCGUGCUCCCAGAUACACCAGAAGGCCUGCUGGGGGAGGCCCGGAUGCUCAACGCCAGUGUCAUAGCGUCCUUUGUGGAGCUCCCUCUGGCCAGUGUCGUCUCCCUGCGGGUCCCCGGCUGUGGAAGUGGGCUGCAGACCUCACCCGCACCGGUCCAGACCACCCCUCCCAAGGACAGCUGCAGCCCGGAGCUGCUCAUGUCCCUGAUCCAGCCGAAGUGCACCAAUGACGCCAUGACUCUGGUACUCAAGAAAGAUCACCUUGAGGCUCUGAAGUGCAUCAUCACGGGUCUGACCUUCUGGGACCCCAGCUGCCAGGCUGAGGACAGCAAUGACCAGUUUGUCUUGCGCAGCACCUACUCCAGCUGUGGCAUGGAAGAGACAGGAAAUAUGAUCAGCAAUGAGGUGGUCGUCAAUUUCCUGUCGAGCUCAUCACCACAGCGGAAAAAGGUGCACUGUGUCAACACGGAAAGCCUCUCCUUCCAGCUGGGCCUCUACCUCAGCCCGCACUUCCUCCAGGCCUCCAGCACCAUGGAGCUGGGCCAGCAGGGUUUUGUGCAGGUGAGCGUGUCCCCCUCAGUCCCUGAGCUCCUGCUCCAGCUAGACAGCUGCCACCUGGAUUUGGGGCCUGAGGCGGACAUCGUGGAACUCAUCCAGGGACAGGCAGCCAAGGGCAGCUGUGUGAGCCUGCUGUCCCCAAGCCCUAAUGGUGACCUGCGCUUCAGCUUCCUCCUCCGUGUCCAUAUGGUGCCCACACCCACAGUUGGCACCCUCAGCUGCACCAUAGCCCUGCGUGGCAAGACCUGGUCCCAGGAAGUGCACAGGACUGUCUCCAUGCACCUGAACAUCAUCAGCCCCGACCUGUCUGGUUGCACAGGCAAAGGCCUCGUCCUGCCCGCUGUGCUGGGCAUCACCUUCGGUGCCUUCCUCAUCGGGGCCCUGCUCACCGCUGCGCUCUGGUACAUCUACUCGCACACGCGUCCCCCUGGCAAGCAGGAGCCCAUGGUGGCAGUGGCUGCCCCGGCCUCCUCGGAGAGCAGCAGCACCAACCACAGCAUUGGGAGCACCCAGAGCACCCCCUGCUCCACCAGUAGCAUGGCAUAGCACCUGGCCCAGAGCCCUGGGGGCCACCCCACCAGCCCUCACCCAGUGGGAGAGACUGAGCAGCCACCAGCUGGAAACCACUGGCUGUGAACUCAUCCCAGGACCCAGCCCCUCCACUUGAACGAUGGAGCAUGCUCUCUGCACCCACUACCCCGCCUGCCUCUCAGAGGCCUGCUGCCAGUGGGGGCACCAGUUUGGAACACCGUGGAGACCCCCACCCCAGUCCACAUUCUCCUCAUCUCUUCUAACCCAGUGGGUCUGGGAUAUGGCUGACCAGGACCAUGAAGAGAAGGACCGCUGCCCUGUAUGUCCACAUCGUUGUAGAGACCCAAGGCCCUGUCAUUUGAACCCGGAUCCAGUACUGUUGACCUGGCUUGGGCAAGGGGGAGAACUCGAAACAGACCCAGCCCACCCAGCCCACCCAGGCUGACAGCACCUCCUCCAUAGGAAGAGGGCCCAGCCCAGAGCCACCUGGAUCUGGUCCCAGCAGCCCCCACACCCGGACUAGCACAACUUUGGUGGGGGUGACAGUAGUCUAAGGGUGCUCAGCCUGGGAGCUCAAAGGAUGGCAAAAACCAUGGGGGUGGGAGAGCCUAGCUCCUCCCUGCAACUGCCACUUGGAGACCCCCCACCCAGCCCAUGGGGCAGCAGCAGAUGGGGAGUGGCUGAGCUGCUUAUUCUGGGUCCACCCCUGUAUAUUCACCACCAAUAAAUCAGACCACGA